AUGAGGAAAACGAAGGAGGAGAAGAGGACGCUGGGCAUCCUCGCAGGGUCCGGAGACGACUCCGAUGGCCCCGACGAGGACCCUUCCAGCAUCCAGAUCAACGAGGACUACGCGCGUCGUGAUGAGGCGCCGCAGCAGCGCCUCGAGAAGCGCAGGGAGGAGGGCCUGCAGCUCCCCGCCUCCGAGGAGUCGUCCGACGUGGAGGAGGAGGACGAGGAGUCGUCCGAAGAGGACGACGCCAUCAUCGCCUCGCGCCGCGUCGAUCGCCGCAUGUUCGGACACUCGUCGUCCUCGUCGGAAGACGAGGCCGAGGAAGAAGAGCUCAAGCAGGAGAAGAGAAAGGUCAACAAGGAGAAGCCUCUCUACCUCAAGGACGUGAACGCCCGCCACCUGCUCGACGAGGGCACCGAGGCCACGGCGCAGACCGGCCGGAGCAGCAAGUACGACAGGAUCGCGUACCACGGGCAGCAGAAGAAGGGACUGGAGGCUUUCCUUCAGGCGCAGAAGGAGGUUCUUGGCGAUGGCGAUGACGAUGAUCUGUUCCAAGUGAAGCCCAAGGUCGGAGCUGGUGAUGAUGAUCACCAUGAGGAGGAGGAGGAGGAUGAGAAGCAUACCAUGGAGCUAGCUGGUGAGGUUUUCGGCGAUGACGAGGAGCUGGACGAGAACGAGAAGUUCUUGAAGGAAUUCUUCCUCAAGAGGCCGUACCUUGAGUCGGGGAAGGAGGGCAAGUCCUAUCUGAAUGAUAUUCAUGAGUUGUCGGAGGAAAAGGAGCUUGAGAAGCAGGAACAGUACGAACAUGCUCAUAAUUACCGGCACGAUGAGGCCGUGGCAUCUGGGGCAGUGGUGGCAGACCGGGUGACAGGACAUUCAAGGGUUGUUGAAGGAUCGGCGAGGAAGAAGGAGAGCAGCAGGAAGCAGCAGCGGAAGAGCAAGGGGGAGCGGGCAGCUCAGGCUAAGCAGGAGCAAGUAGAGGAGCUGAAGCAUCUCAAGAAUUUGAAGAAGAAAGAGAUCGCAGAGAAGCUUGAGAGGAUCCGAAUGAUUGCCGGCCAUGAUGCUUGUCGUAAGCUUGGUGUUGAUGACUUGGAGGAGGAUUUUGAUCCGGAGGAUUGCAGGAAAAUGCAGGAGAUGUUUGGUGACAGUUAUUAUGAGGCUGAUGAUGUUGAUCCGGAGUUUGGAAGUGGCGAAGAGAUGGAUUUAGAGAAAGCUGAUUCUGGCAAGGAAGAUAAUUUUCUUGAGCUUCCUAAGGGCUGGAGCUGGACUACUGGCCAAUCUAAAGACGAUCAGUCUACUGCCACUGAUGGGGAAGCUACGAAAGGGAGGAUUUCUCUCAAGGACAAGGUGGAGCUUGGGAAGGAGAUGAAAGAGUACUACAAGUUAGACCAUGAGGAUACUAUUGGAGAUUUGAAGACUCGGUUCAAGUACAAGAAGGUUAAUCCCAACAGUUUUGGCCUGAGUGCCUGCGAGAUACUGGCAUCAGAUGACAAGGAUUUGAACCAGUAUGUUCCUAUGAAGAAGCUGGCUCCUUACAGGGAGAGUGAAUGAAAGGUGACGUGUCAUAAAAAGUUGAGCAAGGAUUUGAUCCUUGGAGUUCAGAAACAAGAAGGGAAGGAGGACAAAUCUAGCAAGAAACCUGGGUCUGUGGAAGGUCCCAGUUCUUCAGAACCAGACAAUGAUAAACCGAUGGAUGAACAAGAGGAAACAGAUGCCAAGAGAAAGUCCACCAGGAGUGGACGAAGGAAGCGCCGGAAUGGAGAUCUAAAGAUGUCAACUAAAAGAAAAAAAGGCGUACGGAAUAAUAAAAGCCGAAACGUCCCAAGAGCCAUUGAGCUUUGCAUUGAGAGCCUAGUUUAUAUCAUCCAAGGAAUCUUUGCUUCUUCUUUUAUGCAUCUUAGUUUAGGAGGGUUGAAGUCAUGGUCGAGUCUUAUUUCUUCUGGUUUGGGAACUGCAAGCUGGUGUCAUCCAACUUUAAACA